GCCUUUUACCUCUUGUUUGUUUUCGAUAUCAGCAUCGACAGGACUAGAAUUUCAAGGUUCGAUGAUAACCAAUUCCAAUACCUUUUUUUAUCGCUUGCAGGAAGCACCACAACCACUUACUUAUAUUAUCUAUCUAAGAAGGACUCUGAUGGCAAGGUCCUAGAGAUGAAAUCUCCGUAUGGACCAGCGACAUUUGCUGUCUAGAUAGUUAUUUUCAACAUAACUAAUCCUCCUAACACAUUAAUUUGGCGAACAAACCUAAUUAACUCAAUGGUUUCAACAAUAAAUUCAUCAUGAAUUUCCCAACUUCAUAGGUGUGAAAUAAAAUGAUGUCGUACUCAAUAACCAACAAUGUAGUAUUAUUGGCAUUGUACAAGAAGCUAGGGCCGAGGGAGGAAAAAAUUUGGAAAAUUUAAGAGGCUCGUGGAACACUCCAAGGGACAACCUGUCUGAGUGACAAUGAAAUUAGACAUUUACAACAACAACAACAAUUUAGUGAAACUUCCAAUGAAAUCAACUAGACAAGGGAAAGAAAGACAAUAUACCAGAAUGGAAUGAGGGUGAAAGAAAGAAAAUGCACCCACCUUGCUCUGGAGAAGCAUCACAACCCUGCUGUAGCGGUUGUUUUCCUUCUCCUUUUCUUGCAUCCUACUUUGAUAACUUUCAUAACACUACCAAGUCCAUCAUCAAUAUAACUGGAUCAAUCCAUGACGACUUGGAAGCAGCCACAUCUUCCACUCUUCAUCCUUAUAACCAAUUUACCAACCAUGAGACUCUCCCUUCUUUGGAUGAGUCAUACAUUAACUUCACCAAAGCAUACCCUCCAUUUUGCAGUACUUCUGAAGUUGAUCGCAUUCGUGCCCAAGAAUAUAAUCACUUGAAUCUCUCCAACAUUUGUUUUGAUUACACUGGAUAUGGCCUUUUCUCUAACGCUCAGGAGCAAAGAUCGUGUCCUUCAACUUCAAUUGCUUCUUCAUCUUCAUGUCCUCCUCCAUCAUUGCCUUACUCUGCCUUAGAACCACCCUUCUUUGAUAUCUCCUACAAGCCGAUAAAUUUGCAUUCUCAGGUACUCUAUGGUGGCCAGGAAUCAGAAUUAGAAUCCAAAAUUAGAGAAAGAAUCAUGGCAUUUAUGAAUAUCUCUGAAGCUGAUUACACCCUGGUUUUCAUUGCAAAUGAGGUAUCUGCAUUUAAACUCAUAGGCAAUUCUUUCAAAUUUCAAUCUGAUGGAGAGCUUCUCACAGUGUAUGACCACAAGAGCGAGGCAGUGGAUGUGAUGAUUGAGACCUGCAAGGAGCAAGGAGCUAAUAUCUUGUCAGCUGAAUUCUCCUGGCCCAAUCUCGGAAUCCGGUAUAGAAAAUUGAAGAAGAUGAUAAUGAGUAGAAGGGAUAAAAGAAAGAGAGGUCUAUUCGUUUUCCCACUUCAUUCAAGAGUCACUGGAGCUCCAUAUUCAUAUAUAUGGAUGUCCAUGGCCCAAGAAAAUGGAUGGCAUGUCUUGAUUGAUGCAUGUGCAUUAGUACCAAAGGAAAUGGAGAGCUUGGGUCUGACUAUGUUUAAGCCUGAUUUUAUGGUAUGUUCGUUUUACAAAAAAUUUGGUAAAAAUCCAUCAGGUUUUGGGUGCUUAUUUGUCAAGAAAUCUAGUAUCUCUGCUCUAAAAGAGUCAGGAAAUGCUACAAGCAUAGGAAUUGUAAGCCUUUUUCCAGCAUUUAGACAACCUCAGCCACAGGAAGAGAUUGUCAUCGCUGAUGAAGAAACUGAACCAAAGAGUGAAACUCCUCCACAACAUGUGACUGAAGAAGCGUACGUGAAGCAGAAAGGUACACUAUCAUCAGAAAUAGUGGAGUUAAACUCAUCCCUUGAGUCAGUUCAAUCUAAAGAAAGAUUAGGCUUAGUGAAUGGAAGCUCAGAGAUUGAGUGUAGAGGAUUGGACCAUGCAGACUCAGUGGGGCUAAUACUAAUUAGUGGCAGGGGUAGGUAUCUUACCAAUUGGCUCGUUAAUGCAUUAAUGAGUCUUCAACAUCCACAUACUCAAACUGGACUUUCCCUUAUUAGGAUAUAUGGACCAGAGAUAAAUUUACAUCGUGGACCUGCUGUGGCAUUUAAUGUAUUUGAUUGGAAAGGAGAAAAAAUUGAUCCUACAGUUGUACAGAAGCUAGCAGAUCGUAACAAUAUAUCCUUAAGUGGAGCAUUUUUGCAGAACAUCCGAUUCUCAGACAAGAAUGAAGAAAAGAGACAGAGAAUAUGUGAGGUGAAAGGGCUGUGCCAAUCUAACAAGACACAAAGCCAUGAUUUUGGGGUAUCUGUGGUGACAGCUGCACUUGGUUUCUUGACUAACUUUGAAGAUGUAUAUAGGCUAUGGGCUUUUCUUUCCAGGUUCCUAGAUGCAGACUUUGUGGACAAAGAGAGGCUGAGAUACAUGGCUCUAAAUCAGAAGACUCUUGAUAUAUGACUUGUUAUUUUUAUUUUAUUUUUUUUCUUGUUUUCCCUUUAUCAUUUUUUCAUUAAGUUAUGCAGCUAUAAUUCCAAUAUUUUAUUACUUAAGACACUUGGAGAAUG